UCUACAAUUUAGCUUUUCGAAAUUUAUACUGAGGAUUCAACGUUAUUUUGAAGUAUAUGUAUACACGUAAAUAAUGAUGCGGCGAUGACGCACCCUGCCACCUCAAGGUGAACCGCCGCAGCCGGUGGGUCGCCGACAUUGCGCAUCCAGCUACGUGCAACACACUAGUCCGUUACACCUCGUAUUCUCACAUAACAAUCCUUUAUCACUCACUCCGAAAUGUCCACCUAUUAAGGUUACCGUUAAUACGGGUGCGACACAGAUUGCUCGCGAGCGCGCGGCGGGAGGCUGCCAAGUAAAAAGCAUCCGCGUGCAUAUUUUGUUCAAUCGCAAGUCACCAUGAUCCGCGACGUGUGGUGGACGUGCGCCCUCUUGGCGCUCGCAAGUGCGCGUAUUUACGAGCGUUGCGAAUUGGCGCGAGAGCUGAUGUCUUACGGUGUGGACCGCAACCACGUCUCCACGUGGGUGUGCAUCGCGUACCACGAAUCCCGCUUGGACACCAGUGCGCAGAACCACGGCAGCGGCGAUCACGGCAUCUUUCAAAUCAGCGAACUGUACUGGUGUGGCCCCGGUAAAGCCUGCGGGGUGCCCUGCACCGCGUUCCGUGAUGAAGAUAUCAAAGAUGAUGUCGAGUGCUCGCUGAUGAUACACGAGGAGCACACGCGACUGCAAGGCGACGGGUUUAUGGCCUGGGUAGUGUACCCACAACAUUGCAGACAGAACACAAAGAAAUAUUUGGCUGAUUGUGAUGGUUUUCCAAAAAAUAUCACAGGAAAAAUGUUCAAUACUUACAAACCACAGGUCCUAGAUUUUAUCGAUAACAAUGUCACUGUUUCAUACACUCCUAAAAUUAGUGACCGACAACCGUCGUACCUGACGGUCAAUGCACUAUUUAAUAAUCAUUUUCAACAAAAUUAUACCAAGACCACACCUAAAAAUUGGUUAAAUUAUAAAAUAGACAAUAUCGAUAAACUCACUCUUCCUGUUUUUGAUAAUAAGCCUAAACUUGUUCCUACACAAAUUACAAGCCCGACUUCUUAUCCCACUACAUCAACCACUACAGCCCUUGCUGUUAAACCAUGGAGAACAAUAGAAACAAAUCAAUUUCGAAAUAAAAUCACGUACGAUAACAAGGAUUUUGGAAAAGCGAGCGUGACUAAGGAUGCAACAAAAUAUGAUAAAUUUACAACUUAUUCUACAUACACAAAGUCUUCAACAUCAGCACCAACGAUAUAUACAACUCCGAGAACAUAUAAGAUACCUACCAUCAAGACUAGUAGUAGACACCAGGUGGUAUCAUACAGGCCAGCGACAUUGUCCACAUCUUCGUAUAAUUUCCCUGCUGCUACCACAACGUUACGACCAGUUUCGGUACCUAUCUCCUACAGAUUUCCUUCAACGCCGUCGCUUCGUCCUACACCGACGCCAACCACUCGAAGACCGUGGUAUCAGCAACAGACAUUCUCGACAACGCCACAGGUCAAAUUAACAUCAAGGCCCACUUUUGGAACAAAAUUUCGGACGACGCCUUCUCCACUUAUAACGAAACGACCGAAUUCAGCAACUUACAAGCCUACACUGCAAAGGUCCACUCAGUCCAUUUUCGAUCUUUAUUUGAACCCUACGAAACGCCCCCAGAUAUCUUCGUUCUUCCGUUCGACCAACGAAAGUCCAUACAAGCUGAGAAUAUUCGCUGGCGGCACCACCACACCUUCUCCUUUUUUUAAAGGUGCUACGUUUGGUGGCGCUUCGCGUAAUCAGUUUAGAAGAGAUACUCAGUUCCAUAAGUAAAUACUUAUUGAUAAAUGUUCCACAAAAUAGGUAUUAUGUAAAUACUAAAUUUAUACCAAAUAACAAAUUCCUAUUUUACAUCUACAUAAAGCUAUAAAAUUUUUUAAA